AAGGCACGUUAAUGGCUUUCCAUAGAAUCGCCUCUGAUUGGCCGAUCUGGUUAACGAUUAGCGUGAUUGGUUAAGGUUAGGUUUCCCAACCCGCACCAAUGACCCCUAAUGUUCACAGUUGCUCCCGCUGUCCCGUCACACGGUUGAGCAGCACUGACUAAAAUCAGGUUUCCUGUUUCGGUAUAUACGUAGAAGAAAUUCAAGUAGGAUACUGAUUGGCUCGUACAACAUUUCCAACGCUUCCAAACGGCACUACAAGUUGUAGUAUGCCAUUAUUUUUCAUGCUUAGGCCAGCAGAGCAUCCUUUUUCCUUUUAAGGGAGAAACGAGGGCAAAGCAAAACGAUGCUUCACUUGUAGCAGCUACCGGGUAUAAGGAGAAACCCGAUUGCACGAAGAGAUUUAAUAUUUGUGCAUGGCUACAGACUACUGGCUUUUCCCCACUAAAUAUCUUUCGUUUUGGCCUAUAUUGUUGACUCAGAAUCAUUUAUGGUAGAUACCCCAGGUUUUGCCUAGCCAAGGGACUGAAGGGAGGCCAAGGGAACUUAUGGUACCAUGAGGGAGUUCGAAUUGAAACACACCUGAUGCAUUCGAAUUUCAAAACUUUCAAAACACAAUUGGACAACCAUUCCGCUAAUGUGUCGAAAUGUUUUGACCUCAGAAAAUACUAAGUCAACUUCAUUGGAGAAUCAGUGAUUCAUUCGAAUUUUAUAUUUACUAACAUAUUAUCUACCAUCAUGGAUUACGAAACGUUCGGAUCAAAACCUAAUCGUGCAGAAAGAAUGCAAUCCGAGUCUUCCAAUACCAGCUCAAACUCACGAGAGGACCGAGAGGUGGUGAAUGUAUUUCACCCUACAGUUAGAACCUGGGAUUCACCCUUUGGAAAGCUAAGAGUCCCUGCUGAUUUAGAGAAUAUUGAAAUUGGAUUUCUUGUAUUGGCAACUCUUAGUAUAGUUGGUGCUAUUGCUAUGACCAUAUAUCGUCUUGCUAAUACAAUUGAUGAUUCUGACUCAACACUUGGAUUGUUAGUUUUAAUUAAUGCAGUCUUUUGUUUGAUUUAUGUAUACCAUGGAGUAUUUGGAGAGCGACCCUACCAACUUUGGGCAUUUAUGAUCGCAAUUGUAGCAGUUACAGUGUAUUGUAUCAUUCAAUAUGCCAUUAAAAGUGACAGAACUAAUGUUUUACUGGGUCGUCUAAUUGUGUUGUCAGCUUUUGCACCAUUUGAUCUGAUCCUUAGUUUCUACAUUUCAUUACAACAUUACACUUCGAAAAAUCUUAUUAUCAGAACAGUGCGUUCAGCCAAUAUAAAAUUACAAAAUAUGUGUAUGAACAUGUUCAUAUUCCAAACAUUGCUAGUAGUUGAAUUUCAAUCAGCGAUCAGUUUAAUUGUGUUAAUUUUGACAUCUGGUUUGGAGAAUGCUAGCCCUGGUGAGAUUUCCAUUCUUGUUGUGGGCAUCUUCGUCGGAAUAAUUUGGCUUGUCGUUGGUUAUCUUUUGCCGAAAUUCGAGGACAAGUUGUGGCUAUACACCUUUAUUAUCCUUAGUCUUCCUCAACCAGCGUAUGUUCUAUACAAGAUUAUCAAGACUGAAAUGAACUGGGAUCAACAAAGCAAAACAAUAAAUGCAUCCAUCAUUGCUUGCGCGUGCCUGUUUUUGGCUGCACGAAUUUUGGUUUGCAUUUUCCUAUGGAUUGUUUUUAGCAACUUUGGGAAAGGAUUACGUGAGGCAGUGUACUUUCCGGACGGACAAAAGGACGUCAAUGAACCGCAUGAAACAGAACAGAGACCUUCGUCUGCAAAAUCCGAGGAGCCUGAUGAUGAUUAUCUGGGUGAAAACGUGAAUGAUGACAUUCAUGAAUAAAGUAGUAAUUCAAUUCGUCUAAAUCUAUACAAAGUAUAACAUAUCAUAACUCGCACAACUUAGAUAUAAAAGAGCACAUUGUGGAUUAAUUCUUUAAAAUAAUGUAGUGACGACUUCUAAGAGAGGACGUUUAACCUAUAACUUAAUCGAAUCAUACCUGACUGUGUAUAUUAUAAUUUUUGAUUCGUUGACAAUAAAACCUUAUAAAGGUUCGGUCACUCAGAAAGACGUUUCGCUGGGUCAUUGCGAAAACACUCUUCCGUCCAUGGAGGCUUUCUUGACGAUUAUAUGAGUUUUACGUUAAGAGUUUUUUUGAUAAUCCUUCCAUGAAUCACAAAGAAUCACGCUUUUCUCGUUAACUCAAAUUAUUUUCCCCCAAAACAUCUUCACCACAUGCAUCCAUGGGUCAUCCGUUUCGCCUAGCAUUUUCCCUUUGGGCGAAAUCUGUGAUCGUACCUUUAUUCGGCGAUGAAACGUAAAACGUACAGCAUAUGUGUCAUGUUCAAUUUUGAAAGAAUUGUAAUUGUAGAAUAUAUUUAACUGUUAUAAGGAAUAGAACACUCCAAUUGGAACUUUUCGGAUUUGUGUUUCUAUAGCUUAAUGUGUAAUGGCUCUGGCAGUCAAUCACAGUUGUACCGAAUAAGGAAUAGAAAUAAAUUACCUCUCGAACUGUCA